UGCACUCUUUAUCGUCGCAGAUGAUAAUUUGCUUUUUAAAAGCAGAGGUAGCGAUUAAAUAUUUUUUAAGCUACACUCCAAGGAAAAUGAACAGUGAAAAGAGAGAGUUUGUUUUUACGUGGAAAAUAGAAAAUUUUUCUUUUCGAGGAGAAAGACACAAAGAGGAAUAUAUAAAAAGUCCGGAAUUCCAAGCGGAAUGUCUAGGCCAAACACGGUGGACAAUAUAUUUUUGGCCCAAAGAAAAUUCAAACGUGUCUUAUUGUAGACUAUGUUGCUUAAACACCAAAAAUGAAACAUCUAAUACUUUAAAGCUAUAUGAUAUAUCGAAAAACAAAAAUGUUGGAAAAGAUGUUAUAGGUUACCGAUUUGAAUUACUUUACAACAAUGGUGUGCUUUUUCGUUCCUCUAGAAUUAAGACUUUUGAAGACGGAAUGAAUGAAUUUAUAUAUUUCAAAGAUAUAGGUUUAGACAGGGAUAUGGAAGAUUUACCAGAAGAUAUUGUAAUAAUCCGUUGCGUUCUAAUGAGAAUGAAAGAAGAUAGCUCCAGUGAGAACUUCAACAGUUUUCUUGAAAAUCAUAGAGCUGACGAAGCGAAGUCUGAUUGCGAAUGCAACUCUAUUUGCGGAGUCGAUACUUUUACUUUUAUGCAUAAAUAUCUACGCACUUUGGAGGGAGAAAAGGUUAUACCGUCGUCUACAAGAUUCGGUGUUAAUUUCUCGGUGAAUAGGGAUGGAAGAGUGUAUGUUUCAUUCUGCAUAAAAAAUUCUCAGGAUGUAAUUCUUGUAUCUUGCAAAAUAUCAUUCAUUCGUCCAGAUGGUGCAGUAGCAUUCGUUUCGAAGGAGAUUCCCCGAUUAAUUUACGUCACAUCGAGUCGAAAGGAAUGGUUCGAUAUAGGAAGAAUGGAAGACGGAUAUUAUUUAAAAUGUGAGAUAAAAUCUUCGAAUUCAAUUCGACUCGAUAACCUAAGCUAUUCACCUGCUUGCAUAUCAAAUGCAGCUGAGAGUUCGGCUCACACCAGAGAAAAUAGUGAAAUUCUAGGCAAUGCAGCUGAAGCUCUUAUUUCAGGAAGAAUUUCAAUUUCAAGGCAAACUGAAGAAAGCAAUGUAGACUUCAAAUCGCCAGAAUUAAUGAAAGCUGUUCAUUCGCCGUUGCAAGAUGACUUAUGCAAAAUAUUAAGGAAUGAAAAAUUUGCGGAUGUGACGUUGAAGUCAGAAAAUCUAAUUAUGCCAGCCCAUAAAGUUCUUCUGGCCGCACGAUCACCCGUAUUUUCCGCUAUGUUUGAUCAAGAUAUGCUGGAGAGUCAAUCAGGUACUAUUUAUUUAUCAGAUGUUGAUGUAGAGACACUUAAAAUGUUUUUAAAAUACAUUUACACAGACACCGUUGAAAUGAAGAGCCAUGAAAAUGUCAUCAAACUGAUGGUAAUUGCUGAUAAGUAUCAAGUUAUACCACUUAAAGAGGAAUGUUCUGCUUACUUGAAGACCAUCUUGUCUGAUGAAAAUGUUUGCGAUGUAAUUGCUAUUGCCGAUAUGGUAAAUCAAGAAGAUUUAAAGUUGUGCGCUAUGGCGUAUAUCAAAGCUAAUGCUUCGAAAAUCCUAUCUGCUUCAAAUUGGAAUCAAUGGUUGAGGCAGAAUUUAGAAUUGGCAGCUGAAAUUGUAGCAGCAGUGUCUUCUGUAUUAGUAAAUACAGAUUGUAAGAGUGCAUCCAGCUAAUCUGUUAGGUAUGAAGAAAUAAAACGAGGAAAUUUUGCUCCAGCUGAUGUGAAAAUAUGAAUGAAGAAUUUGUUAGAAAUUAUGUUUCGCAGAAAUUUGUAUCCAGUUUCCAAAUAUAAAUUACGUUAAAAUUUCAUUAAAAUAUAUUAAAUGUA